AACAUGGGUAAUACAGAAAGUAAUGUAACAAGUGGUGUCAAGAAACAAGCUGGUACUUGCACCCAGAAAAUAUAUAAGUUGGUUGACGUUAAGGGUGGAGGGCUGCUGGUGGACAUGAUGAAGCGCGCCGUGCAAAACAAGCAGUACGCGGAGAUCGACCACGCCAUCAAGACCAAGGUGGAGCCCUUCCUUUACAACAAGGGCAAGGGUCGCUACAUCCCCGUCUCACACGUCGUGCUGUUGCGCAACAAGGAGCGGCCCAGGCACAAGCUGCUACCGCCGCUGCGCGGCAUGGAGAACCCUGACGAGGAGUUCGACAUCGAGAAGGACUGGCCGCAUGUCACGCAGGAGGAGUACGACGCCAACCCCUCCAACUACCGCGAGCUCUGCUGGGACCUCAAGGAGCGUGGCGCCGUGGGCGAGACGAUCCUGCACCUGUGCCUGCUGAACGCCACGUCGCUGCUGGCCGACCUGGCCAAGCGCCUGCUGCGGUUCUACCCCAAGCUCAUCAACGACGUGUACAUGAGCGACGAGUACUACGGUGAGAGCGUGCUCCACAUGACGAUCACGAACGAGGAUCCGACGAUGGUGAAGUUCUUCCUUGACGCCGGCGCCGACUACCACGAACGCUGCUACGGCAACUUCAUGUGUCCCGAGGACCAGAAGGCCUCGCGCUCCGACUCGCAGGACCACGAGUGGGUGAACGUGCAGUACAACACCAACUACGACGGAUACGUGUACUGGGGCGAGUACCCGCUGAGCUUCGCGGCGUGCCUGGGGCAGGAGGAGUGUUACCGGCUGAUCCUGGCGCGCGGCGCCAACCCCGACCUGCAAGACACCAACGGCAACACCGUGCUGCACAUGCUCGUCAUCUACCAGAAGAUGAGUACCUUCGACAUGGCGUACGAGGUGGGCGCGUCGCUGCAAAUACGCAACGUGCAGAACCUGACGCCACUGACGCUGGCCGCUAAGCUGGCGCGUACGGAGCUGUUCUUCCACAUCCUCAACAUUGAGCGCGAGAUCUACUGGCAGAUCGGCGCCACCACGUGCGCCGCCUACCCGCUCGGCGGAGCCGACACCAUCGACACGGAGACCGGCCUGAUCAAUAAAGACUCCGCUCUUAACUUGGUUGUUUUCGGGGAGAAAGAUGAGCACCUGGAGCUGCUGGAAGGCAUGUUGAUCGACCUGCUGAAGACGAAGUGGAACACGUUCGUCAAGUUUCGGUUCUACCGGCAGUUCAUCCUGUUCUCGUGCUACUUCCUCGUCAGCCUGGUAUGCUUCACGCUGCGCCCCGGCCCGCCGCCCGACCACGUCGCACUCAACACGACCACGCUUAAUUCUACUACUAAUAAUGAUACUGAAAUUGUUACCGAUACGGAAAACUGCACGUCCUCGCUAAAUCCCAGUGAAAUAGAGCCGGGGGCUGUGGAGAUAUUAAACGAAACUAAAUCCGGCAGUGGACCAUGUGCUCGUUUUAAAAGCCAUACCAAGGAGAAGGACAAACCAACUGAACCACCAAAGGAAGCCGACAUGGAGGACUGGUGGGAGGGACUCACAGAGGAGUGCAGACUGAUGAAUUUUGAUUCUUGGCAAGCAAAAGUUAGAAUUUGUGCAGAGCUCUUGCUUUGGCUAGGAGCGCUGGCUUAUAUCGGAGCAGCGUUACGAGAAGCAAGAUUUCUCGGUUUGAAAAUGUUUGUUGAGAAUUUGAGCACUGUGCCAUCCAGGGUGAUGUUCCUGUUCUCGUGCCUGCUGAUGGUGGCGCUGCCGACGCUGCGGCUGUGGUGCGCCGACGAGGCGGAAGACCACCUCGCCGUCAUCAUUAUGCUCACCACUGCACCCUACUUCCUUUUCUUCUGCAGAGGUUUCAAGACUGUGGGUCCGUUCGUGGUGAUGAUUUACAGAAUGGUGAUGGGAGAUUUGCUGCGGUUCGUCUGCAUUUAUCUAGUGUUUGUAAUGGGCUUUUCUCAAGCAUAUUACAUAAUCUUCCUGUCGUUCGACAAUCCGAACACGCCGGAGGGCGUGGACGACUCGGUGUCGAACCCAAUGCCCUCGCCCAUGGAGAGCAUCAUGGCCAUGUUCCUCAUGUCGCUCACCUCCUUCUCCGACUAUUAUGGCGCGUUCGACCGCACCGACCAUGAGAUAGAAGCUAAACUCCUCUUCGUAAUAUACAUGAUUAUAGUGGCCAUCUUACUCGUAAACAUGCUGAUCGCCAUGAUGGGCAACACGUACCAGAAGAUCGCAGAGACGCGCAACGAGUGGCAGCGGCAGUGGGCGCGCAUCGUGCUGGUGGUGGAGCGCGGCGUGCCGCCGGCGCAGCGCCUGCGCCAGCUCAUGGCCUACUCGCAGCCCAUGGCCAGCGGCAAGCGAGCACUGGUCUUGAGGAUCAACCAAAAGGAUGAGGAUAAAGAAGAAAUGAAAGAGAUCCUGGAAAUGAAGCGGACUCACGAGCGCAUCGUGGCCAAGAGGAAGCAACGAGCGGCCGACCUACAAGGAUCGCAGGGCCGCGCGCCCCCGCCACCCGGCCGCGAUUACCCUAUCAGAAAAUAAACAAGCAUUCUGUC